AUGAAUGAACGAUCUGAAGCAAGAACUCCAAGUAGAGCCUAUGUAAUUAGAGUUCAUGAAAAAGCUAUUGCUUCAGAUGUUAUUGGGGGUACUUUUUCUCUCUUUGAUAUUAAUGUAUAUGCAUUGAUUGAUCCUAGAUCAACUCACUCGUAUAUAUGCACUGCAUUAGUAGACAAAAAGGAAUUAUUUGUUGAGUUCAUUGAAUAUACUAUCAAAGUUACGAAUCUCCUGGGAAUGGACUGGUUGUCUAAGCAUGAUGCAAUAGUGAGUUGCCGAAGGAAGCAAGUUAAUUUGAAGCGUCCUAAUGGUGAAUUUAUUUGUGUUAAGUCUGAUGGGAUUGAUUGUAUUACAAAUAUAAUUUCGGCAUUGUCAGCCUACGUUAUUGAUUCGAAAAUGAUUGAAUUAAAAAUCAAGCAAGUGCCAGUAGUCAAGGAGUGUACUGAUAUUUUACUUAAAGAAUUGCUUGGAUUGCCAUCAACACGUGAAGUAGAAUUUGUGAUCGAACUUGUGCCUGGAACAGCUGCAGUUUUGAUAACGCCGUAUAGGAUGGCCCUUACAGAAUUGAAAGAGUUGAAAGUGCAGUUGCAAGAGUUGUUAGAUUGCAGAUUAUUCGACCGAGUGUGUCACCUUGAAAAGUUCCAGUUUUGUUCGUAA